AUGAACUUUUUGAGGUUUUCACUGAAUUUCGGAAGCUUUAUAAUCUGUGUUGCAUACGGGGUUUUAGGGCCUUUUUACCCUAGAAUUGCUGAAAGCAAAGGCAUUUCGCAAUGAACAAUAGGAGUCAUAUUAAGUAUCGCUCCUAUCACCUCAAUACCUGUAGUGUUUCUGGUAACAAGAUAUAUGUCGAAAAUAGGAAGAAAGCUUAUAUGCUUAGGCUCCUUAUUCCUCUGUGGAAUUUCCAUGAUAUUACUCUGCUUUAUAUUCCUAUGCCCUCAAACAGAAUUUUUAAUUAUUAGCAUUAUUUCAAGAGUUUUAUAUGGGAUUGCUGCUGGCGGAUUUUGGGCAUCAAGCUACGCAAUUUUAAUAACAGAGUUCAAAGACAAUGUCGGAGAAGUUGUGGGGGAAAUGGACGCUUUUAUUGGUGCAGGAAUGGUCAGUGGGCCUCUAUUCGGAACAUGCUUAUAUAUGAUUGGUGGCGCUAUCACGAUUUUUAUUACUGUCGGUGGUGUAGUUUUUGUCUCAGGCUUCGUUACGUUUUUUACUUUGGGGCAUUUAAAGCCUUAUGCACAGCAUCAUGAAAAGGUAGACACUUUGAGACUAUUUAUAAAACCAGUAAAGUCUAUUUAGCAAAUUGGUUUGACCGCGAUUAUCCAAUUUAUAGUUUUUGAUACAAUGUGCUUUAUGGCUGCAUCUAUGGCAUUGCAUUUAAGCCACAACGGGAUUGACCAAGAGAUAAUUGGGGUCCUUUUUUCAGUAAACUCAGUGUGCUAUGCGAUCGGCGGAAUUAUUUUUCCGAGAUUAUUAAAAUUUGACAAAAGAAUCCUAAUGAUUGUGGGAUUAUUUUUAACAGGAGUUUCGUUUUGCUUGAUGGGUCCUGCUAUAUUUCUCCCAAAUCAAGUGGAUUUGAUAAUAAUUUCGAUCCCGUUGUUGGGGAUUGCGAAUUCUAUGACAUAUAGUAAGAUCUAUUUAGUUCCAUCUUAUCCUUAUAUGCACGAAUCAUCACUAGCGAUUUAUGGGUAUGAAGACUCUCUGCAUUUGUCAGACUCGCUGUCUUCUAUAAUGAAUUUAGCUGCAUUGUUGGGAGAAGCUACUGGAUCCCUGGGGGCAGGGAUUUUGGUUGAAUUUUUAGACCUAAUUACGAAGAAUGGCAAAAUUCUGAAUGAUUAGCCGUUAUCCGAUUUUUUAUAUGAAAAUAGGAUUAUUUACCAGUAGGCAUGCUUUUUGAUUAUAAUUAGGUAUAGAUUAUGAUUGAAGCUCAACUUGCAUGUCUAUUUUUGUCUUGUUUUUUACUGCUGUCUUUUUAUUUUCAUCAAAAGUCUUAUCUGAAAAGAGAAGUCCAAAAAUCUCGGAAGAUAAACUUAUAUACUCAAUGGAUACCGUCAUAUAA